GACAGCUCCGGUGCUGAUCUCGGCGCGGGUUUGCCGGCAGAGCCCGGGCGGGCGGCGGCGGCUGUCGGCGUGCGGGAGCGAGCGGCAGCGGGCGGGCGGCGGGGCCGCGCCCAGAUAUGAGGCACGAAGCGCCCAUGCAGAUGGCAUCCGUUCAAGAUUCCAGAUAUGGCCAGAAAGAUACAUCUGACCAGAACUUUGAUUACAUGUUCAAACUGCUCAUUAUCGGCAACAGCAGUGUUGGGAAAACCUCCUUUUUGUUCCGAUAUGCUGAUGAUUCCUUUACAUCCGCAUUUGUAAGCACGGUUGGGAUCGAUUUCAAAGUAAAAACAGUUUUCAGAAAUGAAAAAAGAAUUAAGCUACAGAUUUGGGACACAGCAGGCCAGGAAAGGUACAGAACAAUUACCACAGCUUAUUACCGGGGUGCAAUGGGCUUCAUUUUAAUGUAUGACAUCACAAAUGAAGACUCCUUCAAUGCUGUGCAGGAUUGGUCAACUCAAAUCAAAACAUACUCUUGGGAUAACGCCCAGGUUAUUUUGGUUGGCAACAAAUGUGACAUGGAGGAUGAACGAGUGAUCUUCACUGAGAGGGGAAAACAUUUAGCAGAGCAACUUGGAUUUGAAUUUUUUGAAACAAGUGCCAAGGAAAACAUUAAUGUCAAGCAGACGUUUGAGCGACUUGUGGAUAUCAUCUGUGACAAAAUGUCAGAAAGCCUGGAGACGAAUCCCACCAUUGCUGCCAGCAACCAGAACACACAGCUAAAGGACACCCCUCCUCCACAGCAGCCCAACUGCAGCUGCUAAUGCAGCUAUCAGCAAAGGCAGCUCCAGUGUGUUCUAUUGCCAACAGAGUAUUUAUGAAUGGUCUAUAUGCCUUUAUUGAUACUGUCUUAUUAACUUAUUUGGCAGAACAGUCUUGUUUAACAUCAAGCUGUUUGGAUAUGCAUAUGGGGAUAGAGCAGUUUUUAGUCUGAGUCUGAUCCAUAUUUUAGAACCUGGCUUUUGCAUGCAGGGUAUAUAUUAACUUCUAUUUUCUUUUUACUGUUUUAUGUCACACUUCAGCUGGUGCCAUGUCCUCAGACCAUGUUUGCCUAUAACUGUCUCUCGUUCCAUUGGCUUCAAGCUAUAUAGUUGAAUCUUUAGGGUAGUGGUCAGGGUGUUUUGAGUUAGCUUCCUGAUGCCACUUGCAUAUUUUCCUGACUGAAAAUGAAUUUAGAAGCAUUCCUGUAGUGAGCCAAUCCCUCAUUCUGUCCAGAUCACUUGUACAAGGAGCACUUCCUGGAGCACAUUGCCUUGGCAAACUGUGUCAUACAUCCUGGCUGGCUGAAAACUGCAGAAAUUAGAAGGAAGUUAGAUCCUGGGCCCAAAGCCAUUAAAAUUCCCGAUGAAUUUCUGAUUGGAUGUGGAUGUUCAGUCCAGACUCUCAGAAAUAUUAAGUCCUUCAUCCUGUUUGGAUAGCUAGCAUAUUUACUUUUACAUAGGAGCAUCAUGUCUAUCCAAAAAUUUUCUCAAACUGGACUUAAUUUCUCAUUCCAUCAUUCUGGAGAUCCCAGUUUUACCUGCCCCUGUAGUAGAAGGCUAGUUAGCUCUUUCCAUUUCUGCCUGCAGAGACAUUAACCAUGCAGUCCUAUAUUAUGUCUGACAGUGCCAAAUCCAUUGUGUUUGGUUGUUCAUAGCCAAAAGCUGCCUUGUCACAUUGCUGUCAAACCUGCAUGCUUCAGUUUUCAGGAAUUUCCUCUCCCAUUCAAUCACUGAGACAGCUACCACCACAGUGGCUACAAAUGUCUGUAUUUUACUCAGACCUAUUGCAGGAAUGCUGAUGGUGUCAGUGAACUGAAGUUUGACCUCGUUCUUUUCCAUUUGUUUUGGCAAGAGAAUUGGUAUUUUUUAAAACCUUAGGAGUAAUAAAAAAUUGUCAACAUUUCUAAUCUUAGGCUGAAUGCAUUGAAAAGAUCAGAAAAAGACUGUGAAGAUAGCAGAAUAAAGUAAACAAAUUCUUUUAUGAUAAAGUGUUAAAAUAGUUAUAUUUCACAGUUUUACUCCUCUACUAAUUGGUGGAAGUUUCUUACAUCUGUGUCUUGAAGUACUUUGUACAACUCUUUACUUGCAUUACAAUGACCUUUUUCAACUAAACAGCAUAAUUGAAGAAGCACUGAUUAUUUUAUUUUUCCAAUUAGACAGAAUUUAAGACAAGGCUGACAUUUUUUAAACUGUCAGCAAUAGGAAAAGUCUGAAAAAUAAAAGAAAAUUAAAUAAUACAUAGUACACUGAAUGACUCACAGCUGCAAAGAAAUCCUUCUUUACAGUUUAUGUUUUUUGAAGGUAAUUUAUAGAACUCCUGAUACACACUAAGAGAAAAUGGCACUUUUAAAAAAUUUUAUUAAAUAAUCUAAAUACACUUUGACACAGUAGAAGCUACUUCCAAACAAGGCAUACAGACACAUACAAUGGAUAUGCCAGGAGGGUUCUAUCUGGGCUGCCUAAUGUAAAUGAAUCAAUGCUGUCUUCAGUCUGGGUAUUCAAACCAUUGUCCUGCUAGCCAGUUUAUUUAAGAGCUUUUUCCCCUGGUAGACAUGGAGACUGAUUUACCUCCACAAAGAAAAAGCACCCUCCUUUUAAGAGUGAAGAACCAGCCAGGUGGAAGAGGUGUGUGCCAUCCAAACCAUUAUGCUAUCUCUCUCUUGGGUGCUUUUUUUCUCUCCCCCAUUUAAGACAGCAGGUGUUGCCAAGAGCACUGAGACACUUUUACUAGUACAUUUUCACCCACUAGGUGCCAGCUGAUUGGAAAAAAAAGAAGUGAUACAAAGUUGAGCAAGCUACAUUUGAAAUGGCUACUGGGCAGUUUUCCAUGCUUUUCUUGUUAUGUCAGUGAUUUCUGCUCGAGAAGAAGGAGCAGGAAAGCCUUGAGAGAGAAUUCAGCUUCAGCUCUCGAAUUCUUUAGACAAAUCUUAGGUUGUAUUAUUAGUCUGACACAUCUAAGGCAAGGAAGGGAAAUACAUAUUCACAUUGACAAGGAUCUUGGGCAUAUCCUGAAUAUGCAGUAUGGCUAGAAGUGCAAGUAUUCUUCCAGCUUUGCUCUGAGAUGUUUGAUGUGAAAUGGUCAUCUCCUGUGUGCAGUGCUAUAAGGAAAAAAGGCUUCAAACUGUUCCUUGCUGCAGCCACACUUUGCUUGUACUCCAUUGCAAUGAAUUUAAGAUCCUCCCUGCCUGGCUAUAAGCAUUUAGACUCUAAUUGGUGGUAGAAUACAUUAUUAGCAUAUAUAUUUUUAAACAAAUUGAGUGGUAGAUAAGUAGUUCUUUAUGUAAUGGAAUUAAUUAAUUGCUUUUAAUUUUGCAUCAGGAGUCCGGGCAGAAGAGUAACAGCAAAAUCUAAGGAGAACACCUGCUUCAAGUUUCUGAGACAACUAACCUGCUAGGUGCUCACAUAUAUUUGGCCUUCUGCAUGAGAUGGUGGCUGGAUGAAGCAGCUCUCAGAGUGGUGUUGUUCCUUAGAGUGCUAAAAAUGUGUUAAAAGGAAAAAGCUCCUCUGAAAUACAGCAGCAGAAUGAGUUGGUAUCUAAAAUCUCCCCAAAACUUUAGACAUUGUCAUGGAGUUCAGAGUUAGAUUAAUUUUUAAAAUGUUCCAAUAAAACACUUGGAGUUUUUCAAGAUCAGACUGUCCAAAACACUGGGAAAACCACUCAGCCCUCUCAGCUGACACUGUUUUGAGUUGAAGGUUGGAAAUGAUGACCUGCUGUGGUCCCGUCAAACCAAAUUUAUCCAAUUGUGACUUUCACUGAACUUGAAAAUACGUGGAAGUUCAAGCAGUUUUGUAGUUAAACAGGGAAGACAGAAAAGCUUUUGAGAAGUAACUCACUUUGUCUUCCCCAAAUAUUCCAAGAAUUCUGAGGGGACUAGCAGUGUUAGAAUUUUCAUUCUGUCUAAAAUUAUUCUUUGGCUUCCUAUGGGAUAGAAUAUCCAAUAGCAGCCUGUGUCUGGUUCAGCUCCUCCUAACUUACAUGAUAGAACUGUAAUUAUCUUGAAUUCAGGUAGGCUGAACAUUUUUGAAGAACCUUUCACAACUUGAUCAAGGGCCCAAAUUUAAACAAUCAAUGCCUUUUUCUUCACAUGUAUCCAGAAGCCACUGAUUAUGAGUUCCUUGAGAAGACAAGCAGGUUUUGGUUAUAUCCCUGAUCUAUCCAGUAGUGUGGCACAAUUCCUUCAAGUACCAGGCUACAAAGCACCAUAUUUUGUGAUAGAAGAGGAGAGGGCUCAGAGAAAAACUUGGAUAGGAGAAACAAAACUACUUUCAGCCUCAUUACAAAUAUUAGUGAAAAAGUUCUUGCAUUAGUUUGUUGUCACUUCCAACAUAGAAAUAAGACUGAAUGUCACAGCAAAUCAUUGGUCUAGCCAUAGAUACUUCCUUCAGCUGAGGUUUAUUCACUUGGUGAGAUACAGCAGUUGAUACAAAAAGCAUGUUAAAUUUCUGAGAGAUGAGAUGCCUUUGGGCAGGGAGUCCUGAGCUCCAUAGCACCAGCUGAAGCUGAACUAAUACAGCACAAUCCUUUUUCCAAGUUAUGAUCUAGACUAAAGCUUAUAGCAGCAGGCUAAUCCUGUGCAUGGGCAAUGUGCCAGCCUUAUCAUGCUCUGACAAUGUGCUGCUUGCUGCACUUUCAAGCUACUGGUCAGAAAAAUACCUUGGGAGCACCCAAGAGAAUGGGGAUUGACUGGUUCCUGGGGUGCACCAACCUGCAAACAGCUAGCCAGCCCUGCUGGGUAGAACAUUCAGAUGCAUGGUUUUGAUUAUUUUAAGAGUUCAUGUUCACAAGUUACAAGUGCAACUGACUUAAUAAUGUAUCUGUUAUUUUUGAUGGUGGUGGUUAGUUUAUUUAGACAUGUUCAUUUGGUGUUUUAAAUAAAUAUGAACUAGCCUAAUUUUCUGUCAAAAAUACUCUUUGAACGACUUUUGAACAGCUCUUUGAACAGUGUAAGUGACUGGUACCUGGAAUUGUUUGUUCCUUUGUGCUUAUACUUAAUGCAACACCUAAAGAAAUUACCUGAGCAGCUACAUCUAUGUGGCCUUUUCCAGAGCACCAGUGUGAAAGAUUAAAUUUUCUUCCCAGUCUGUUCAGCUCUGUAUAUUCAGCCAUACCACCUGCAUCUUCUUUAUUUUAGAAAUGAAGUGCUAUUUCAGGAUGCACAGAAUUUGCUGGAGUUUGAGCCUAACUUUGAGAAUUAUUUAAAUUUGCCAUUUUUAGGGGAAAAAAAGUAACGAAAAUUCUACAUUUGGUGGUUAUACACUUGUUUUUUCAGAGCAGACAAAUGAUUUUGCAAUUGCAUUCCAAGAGAAACCCAAUACAAACCCAAUACAAAUUCUACCCCUACUGAGCAACUCUUUUCUAUAUUUGUUCUUUGAGAAGUAAGUUUUAUUUUUUAACUUUUUACAGGCAUCAGCUAAAUUUCAGUUCUGAUGACAGACUGAUUCCUCCUUGGCCUGCUCCAUAUAGAGUCACAAUGUAUGAGCCUAGUUCUUCUUUAGCAUGACAGAUUUAGCAAUGUGAGACCAUGAGUUUGAAGCCUCAUAGAUACAUCCUCACAGGGUUUAGCAACAUAUCUUCACUUAUGCCAACAGGAUAAUAAAGUGUGUUAAUUUCCACCAUUGAUCCAUACACUCUGACUCCAGAUUCUCCAAGGUUGAUCACUUGUCCAGUCUCAUUUAAAAAGCAGCACAUUUCAAUUAUUUUAUUUAGGAAUAAAUGUAGUUCACAUUUGCAAAUUAAGAUUGCUUUUUUUUUCCCCCUUUUGUUUAUCCAUGGGUAUUCAGUGAAGCAAAAUGUGUGACUGCACAUUAUGGACAUAUAUACAGUAGUACAUCUCUGACACUCAUUCAUUUCCCACUGUUACUUAUUUCUAUUCAGUUCCACCUUCCCAAAUUUACCCUUAAAUUGUCUUUACUGCUGGAAAUCAAAUGUGUUUCAUUUGAAGACCAAAUGUUUAUUAACCUUGGUUCCAGCAGAGGUAGAUGGCUUGUCAUUUGUACAAAAAGGUACUUGCUACCUGAUCUGGGGGAGAUGAAAAAGUCCUGAUUUUCCCAUAACUUCUUACUCACCUAUAACACACAGAAAUACAAGUUAGAUAGAGAUUGUUUACCACUUCUGGUGAUAAAUUUCCUCAAGUAAUUCUGACAUGUACCUGCAACUAGUGAUAUAUGAAAUGUUUGUGCUGUAACUCCUGUUUGGUAUUUUGUCAGUAAUGUCAGAUGUGUUGUGACUCAGUUGGACUGUCACAAUGUGUAACCUAUAUAUUAGCGUUCGUGUAUUUCAGAUGUCCUACAUGUUGCAUGAAAAAAUGUUAUAAAAAUAGAUAUUUUUUCUAUUUUUUAAUACCUCAAGACUGAGGAAUCAUGGGCCAAUAAGUGCAAUAUUUAAUUAUUUACUCAGUGUAUAUAAACUUGUGUGAAAGGGAGAAGUAUCAUGUAUGUGUGACAAGCUGUUGAUGAUGCCUGUGUGGCUUAGGAUUUCUAGUAAAUGUACACGUCUUGUAGAAAUAUUAUAUAGUAAACACUUUACCAGUGUAGUGUAAGAAUAUUCUUAAGUAACUUAAACUAUUUUUCAUAUAUGAGACUAUGGUUAAAGAUACUUGUUUGUUUGCUGCAAGUGCAUGUCAAUUUUACUUUUAGAGUUCUGAGUUCCUUUCCUGAGAAUUGUCAUGUUACACCACUAGUGGGACAGGCCUUCUGUCAGAAAAAACCAUUUAUAAACUAUCUGCCUAUAUUUUUUAAAGCAUGUUCUCUAGAAGCAUUAACAGAAUCUCUUAGAGCUCAGCAUUUAUGGUGAGUUAAUUGUUUAUUCUUAAAGAGUCAGUUAUGUGCUCUUUCUGCCUGUAUUACAUAAUAUCAUGUAGACGUAUUUUCUUUAAUCUGAUACAGUUAACUCAUAAUACUUACCUGAAAUAAUAAAUACCCAAUAUUCUUGCAGAUGACUUACCAAACUUCUGUUGGUGCCCCGGUUUAACAUGUUCCAAACAGCUUCAACCACAGUCAGCAGCAUAGCAGAGUGGAACAUGACCUUAACUGGUCACUUUUGAAAAUUCAGUUUCUUAUCUUCUCUAGGUACUAAAGAUGGAAGAUACCUCCUUAAAGAUACUGACCCACAUUCUUCACUUCAGUUUUGCAUGGCCUUCAAAGUUUAACAAUUCCACUAUUAGGCAUAAAGCUGAAGUACAAAUGGAAACAAAAAGCAGGCCAGAAUCUAACCAUGAAAUUAAAAGGAGACAUCCAGUAAUUUAUUUAUUCCUGCUUCCUUGCAUGAUUCUAAUGGUUCUCUAAGAACAUGAGCAAGGAACCUUAAACCCUGAAUCACUGAUGUGCCAUGGGUUCCCAGCAGAGCCCAUAGAGCCUGCAGAAAAGCUCAUUCUGUUAAUUCUUGCUGAAUCUCCAGUUUCAAAGGCAUGUGUCAUCUACAUUGGGAAUUUACUAAACAGAGACAGGCUACUGAGCCUGGGCCAUGUGGAGGAGCUGGGGAACUGGUUUUGUCAGACAAUUUUCCUGAAAUGUAUAUUUAUUAGUAUCACAACAAAAGGUACAUAAGUAGAUUUUUUGUUUGAUCUGAUGCAUUUUUCUGACAAUGUACGAGGUAGAAUAAGUUAUGGUUGUUUGUUGCAUUGUUUUGUUUUUUCUUUGAAUUUGCUUGUUCUGGAAAAGAAUGAAAUUCCAAAGCCUACUGGAAACCAGUAUAGUGGGUUUCCUUUCCGAUGUUAUCAAAUGCAGUCUCUGAGGAAGCAAAGUAGCCAAAUUGCAUUAAGUAGCACAUGACAGUACUUGCAAUGACGUGAAAAGUCCUUAAAAGAAACUUUUUUUUGUACCUAAUGCCAUUAAAACUUCUACAAAAUUAUAUAGACCAGAGCAAAAUUAAGAUGUAUAUAGAUAGAAAUUUGGGAUUGCUUAAUAUAAAAAGGAAAUUCUUGACAUCAUUGUUGCUGAGCAACAAAGUAAGAGUCAGAAUAUGAGACACCACCAUGGAAAUAUAGCCUGCUACAGGACUCCGUAAACUUUUUAUUGUUAAGUGACCUGGCAGUUCAAGGGCUGGCAGAUAAUUUUACCCAGCUUUUUUAUAAUUCCUCAUAGAUGUGAUUACGUGCACGAAAAUAAAUGCUUACCUUGAUAAUAUGUAGCUUUUCUGGUUCUCUCAAACCAACUUGUUUGCUGAACUAUUCUUGAAGAAAGAUUGAAGUACGUGUUUAGGAUACCUUUGUGAGGGGGUGACAAUCUCUGCCUUCUCUCCUGGCUCUUACUGCAAUAUAGCUACUGUGGUUUUAAAAAAUAUGUUAGCUAAAAUGCUGCUGGGUGAUAAAUUUUGUGAAUCUUCUCCAUAAAUCUGUGGAAGCUCUUGUCUGAAUGUCCAGUACAAGUUUUAUCCACGUGGAGAGUUCUAAUUCUGUGCAGACGUAGCGACCAUGUGUAUUCCAUUGGAUAUUCUGUUUGUAUGUGAUUUCUGUAUACCAAGUGAAUUUUGCUUGUUUAAUUCUUUUGCUGAGUUUUUUUCCCUUUUGCAAUUACAAUAAAUAUUCAAGAGACUAUA